AAGGUAUCACCUUCCUCAUUGCUCAGACAAUGUUAGAUUACACAAAGGCGGCCGUGUCGAGCGACUUAGCGGCAACGACGUCAUCCCAGCCUCACUAGACCCCCAAGACGACGUCGUGACAAAAGACUUCGUGUAUUUACCUAACAAAAGAUGAAGAAAAAUAAAAUCGUUCACCUAAUUAAUGAAAAAUUGGAAAAAAGAGUAUGAUUAAUAGUGCGUAUCACCUUAUAUUGAAUGUUUCUGGCCAUAUGAGACUUGUAGUCCAAUUUUAAUCGCAAUAGCAAAAACCAGUAACACACUUUCGUUUCAAAUACGUCCUCUGUAUUGACACAUGCAUGUUACCAGUAACUGAUGUAACCGAAAACUUUGGCUUUCCAAGGGACAAAUCUAAAUUAAAGUAAAUUUAAUUUAAUAUUUUAGAAAAGAAAUAUAACUUUCUUUAAUCACCACAAUAUAUAACAUGCUAGUAACGAUGCCAUCAUAUUACGUGUUAUCACCAUUUCGACCAUUUUUUUACUUUCACUAUCUUCUCCAAAAAAAAACAAAGAUGGAACCUCAUCGUACUUCUCAUCUUCCACCCAUCAGAAUACACAAAGACGGCCGCGUCGAGCGACUUAGCGGCAACGACGUCAUCCCAACCUCACUAGACCCCCAAAACGACGUCGUGACAAAAGACGUCGUUUACUCACCAGAACAUAACCUCUCCGUACGUCUCUUCCUCCCUCAUAAAUCGACAAAACUCGCCGCCGGUAAAAAACUACCUUUACUUAUCUACUUCCACGGCGGAGCUUACAUCAUGGAGUCCCCUUUCUCCCCUGUUUACCAUAACUACCUCGCAGAGGUCGUCAAAACCUCUAACUGCCUCGCCGCGUCGGUUCAAUACCGCCGUGCACCGGAGCAUCCGAUACCGGCGGCGUAUGAAGAUUCUUGGGCGGCCAUUCAGUGGAUAUUUUCUCAUUCUGAUGGGUUUGGUGAAGAGGUUUGGAUCAAUGAACUCGCUGACUUUGGCAGAGUCUUUGUCGCCGGAGCUAAUAUAUCUCAUCACAUGGCGAUAAAAGCAGGCAAAGAGAAGCUCCACCCUAGAAUCAAAGGAGUUGCUAUGGUGCAUCCAGGUUUUUGGGGGAAAGAUCCGGUCGACGAGAAAGAUGUGCAAGAUGAAAGAAUCAGAAGCCAAGUGGCAGAGGUUUGGGAGCUAGCGAGUCCGAAUAGUGUAGAUGGGGUGGAUGAUCCGUGGUUGAACGUUGUCGGAUCCGGGUCAGAUAUAUCCGGACUGGGAUGUGAGAGGGUUUUGGUUGCAGUUGCUGGAAAAGAUGUGUUUGGACGGCAAGGGUUGGCUUACGCGGCGAAGCUGGAGAAGAGUGGGUGGAGAGGAGAGUUGGAAGUGGUGGAGGAUGAAGAGGAAGGACAUUGCUUCCAUAUCCAUAACGCUAACUCUGAAAAUGCUUUGAAGUUGAUGAAGACAUUUGUUGAGUUCAUGUCAUCCACUGUUGAAGAGUAGUAAUAUUUGUUUCUUGUUGCUUAAGUAUGGAAUUAAAAGAUGAUAUAAAAAUAUUUUGAUGCCUCAUUUUGAUAAAUAUAAAAAUUACAUCAAGUUAGGUGAUACUAA